CUGUGGAGGACGCAGGAGUUGCAGUGACAUGGGCAGCAGCAGAGAUCCCGGCCCCUGUAGAGCGAACGCAGGAACUCUACCUGCGCUGCCAGACAGAAAAUGACUCAGAGGAAUGGAUGCAGGGGCGCCAGCGAUGGCCGCCUCUGCGCCGAGGCCUGCGAGUCCGGGGAGCCGGCCGACGCCGCGGAGCACCAGAGGGUGGAGGACGCCACCGACUGCGAGUGUGAGGAGAAGGGCGUGACUGGAGCGGUGGCCGCAGCGGCGGAGGCCCCGGACGGCGGAUGGGGCUGGGUGGUGCUGGUCGCCACCAUCAUGGUGCUGGCGCUGACACUGGGCUUCCCCUCCUGUGUGGGGAUCUUCUACACGGACCUGCAGAGGGAGUUCCAGGCCUCCAACAGCGAGACCUCCUGGGUGCCCUCCAUCAUGACGUCCAUGCUGCACGCCGGAGGUCCCUUUUGUAGCGUGCUGGUGCAGAAACUUGGCUGCCGGGCGACAGUCAUGUUGGGCGGAGUCCUGAGCGGGGUCGGGAUGGCUGCCAGCUCCUUUACUCGCUCCAUCACCGAGCUGUACAUCACUGCCGGAGUCGUCACAGGACUGGGUUUCUGCUUCAGCUUCCAGCCAGCCGUGACCAUCAUGGGCCACUACUUUGUGCGUCGUCGUGCGUUCGCCAACGCCAUGUCGUCCACGGGCACGGCCCUGGGGCUGUGCACGCUGCCUUUCCUGGGGAACUACCUCCACACAGAGCUGGGCUGGAGGGGCAGCUUCCUGGUCCUGGGGGCCGUCCUGCUGAACUGCUGCGUGUGCGGAGCGGUGAUGAGGCCCCUCCAGCCCGCCAAGUGUCGCGGCCAGCCGCUGAUGAACCACGGACCCCCUCCGCCGGACCAGGACAAGGACAGGACACAAAAAGGGAGGGGGAGGACAAUACGCAGCUACUUGUUAGCGUCCCUGAGGAAACACAUGGCCUUCGAUCAGUUGUGCAACAACCGGCGCUACUGUGUGUACGCCAUCGGCAUCACCUGGAUGAUGCUGGGGUUCGUGGUCCCCCUGGUGUACCUGGUGCCCUACGCCACGGCCUACGACAUGGAGCAGGGCCAGGCUGCGCUCCUCAUCUCCAUCCUGGGGAUCGUCAACAUCAUCGUGCGACCGCCGUUCGGCAUCAUCUUCAACAUGCCCUGGUUCAAAGGGCGACACAUCUACGUGUUUGCGUGGGCGCUGCUCGUCAACGGCCUCAGUAACAGCAUCUGCUGCAUCGGCCCGGGCUUCUCUGUGCUCCUGGCUUACGUGAUCAUCUACGGGCUCUCCAUGAGUGUGGUGGGCUCCCUGAUGUUCACCGUCCUCAUGGAUAUAGUGGAGAUGAGCCACUUCCCCUCGGCCCUGGGCCUGCUGGCCGUCAUGGAGAGCGUCACUCUGCUGAUCGGACCUCCACUGGCAGGAGUCCUGGUGGACCGCACCGGAGAGUAUUUCUAUGUCUUCCUGGCCUGCAGCGCCGUCGUUGCUUCGUCCGCCAUGUUCCUCAUGGUGUCCUUCUGCUCGCUGGAUGAAAAAGAGAGGAAGGCAUCGAAGCAGGCCCCGGCCUCGGGUCCGGCCUCGGGUCCGGCCCACCCGGUGAGGCCCGUCAUUGACCUCUCCGCCGGCUGCCAGUACAGCAGCGUGCCGUCGGAUGGAGACAGAGACAAGGCCUAUGCCAACGGGGCGGAGCACAUCACCAGCGUCUGAACCGUCGACGCAGAUGGUUCUGCUGUUGGUGGGGUUUAAGGUGCCUGCUGGGUAAAUACUGCACUGCACUGUUUGACCACAAUUACAUACCAAAAUGAGAUGUGCACUUACAACAAGGUGAUUGUACUGUUAACUGUAAACAUGCUGCUGAUCUUUGUGAGAACACAAUCUGUCGCGUAGGAGGUACAGCGUCUUCAGGAGGUCUGUGAAGCAAAUAUCUCCCAAUCAUGGCCAGACCUUCGCUGGAGUACUGUUUUGUUGGGCUGCAGACGUGGAGUAGGGAUCAGGAAUCUGACUCUGGAAACGCAUCAGAGUGAGGCUGAGGCUACGACACGUUAAAGCUUUACUUCACCUUUCUGCUGGUAAACACACCUGUUCCAUUGGAAAAUAAACGGGGGCUUUCUCGUAAAGAUGAGGGUGGUGCACUGAAGCAACGCCACGGCAUCAAGCAUCUGUUUAUUUAAGAUAUUUAUUAGA